UUCUCACGGUGUAUUGGAACAUUAGUGUAGAUUAGGUCAUUUAUUUUUCGUUAAGGAGCACAUCUAGCAGAGGUUCUACUUCUAUUUUGCAAAAAUAACAACAGUGUUUUGAAGAUCCAAAAUAAAGCUACGAAUUUGCUACACCUUGAAAUUUAGAAUCGUUCGGUAAAUUACUGUAGCGCAAGCAUGGGGAAAAAAUUUCAAAAAAGUUUCUCCAGUAAAUCAAAUAUUGAAGCAAUCAAGCAGUCGGGAAAGGAAUUCUUAAGUGAUAGAAAACAUUCAAACCAUUUGGUUGAUAUACUGACUAAACUGGAGUCUGAGGAGACUGAUGUACAGCUGGUAUGUGUGCGUGUUCUCCAUAAGAUCUUCAACCAGCUGUUGGCUUCACAGCAGAUGUGUUUACAACAGGCAGACACUGACAAGGACAAAGAUGUCACCAGUGAGGGAAAGUACAGUAAAUGGUUGAAGGAAAGAUACGCAGAUGCUAUCCAGCAGCUUCUAGGCCUGAUAUCUAGUGAACAGUCCAACCUACAGGAACUCUCCCUGUGUACCCUAAUGAAGUUUGUAGCGAGUGAGGGUCAGAAUCCACUCACCCACACUCAAGCCACUCAUCUUACAUUCCCAGUGGUUUUGUUUGAGAUGAUUCUUGGAAAGCUGUUAUCACAGCAACAGAAUAUGUCAUCUUUAAUAGGUCGGUUUCAAGAGUAUGUUGAAUAUGAUGACGUUCGAUAUUUCGUCUUGAAAACCCUGCGGAAACAAUUGAAAGAUUCCAGCAUAAAGAAAACAGACAUCUUCCUUGGGAAUGUUUUCUGUAUGUUGGAACUGAUGAAGGUGCCAGAAGUGAAAGAAGAUCAACUGUUGGACAACUUUAUCUCACUGAAACCAGGCCCUGAAUGUGUAACCAAAGUAACAACCAGGAAGGAACAACAAAAAAUCUUCACCAGUGCAUGGCUUGAAUUCCUCCAAAACAAAUUAACCAUGAGUCUUUACAAGAAAGUCUUGAUAAUCCUACAUGAGAAAGUCAUGCCUUAUAUGACUACUCCAGUUCUAUUAGCAGAUUUCCUCACUCAAUCGUACAAUAUAGGGGGUGCAAUAAGCCUACUGGCGUUAAAUGGACUGUUUAUACUGGUGAAUAAAUAUAAUCUUGACUACCCAGAAUUCUACAGCAAACUUUACAGUAUGUUUGAGCCAGGUGUUGUCCAUGCUAAGUACAGGGCACGAUUCUUUCAUUUGGCAGAUAUAUUUCUAACAUCAACGCAUUUACCAGCGUAUUUGAUAGCUGCAUUUGCAAAACGUUUGUCCAGAAUAGCACUGACAGCUCCCCCUUGUGGCAGUAGUAUCAUUCUCCAGUUCAUAUACAAUUUGUUAAUUCGGCAUCCUAACUGUAGAGUACUGCUCCACAGGGACAAUCAACAAGAAGAAUUUGAUCUGACCACUGACCCUUACAAUAUCAAUGAACAGGACCCAGCCAAAUCUAGAGCCAUGGACAGCUCCCUAUGGGAGAUAAAGACAUUACAACAGCACUAUAACCAUAAUGUAGCAAACCAAGCUAAGAGAUGUGACUACCCACUAGCACACACAGAAUCUGACUUUGGAGAAAUACUAGAGACCACAAUUCUCCAGUUAAUUGAGAAAGAGACCUCCAAGAAGAUCAAAGAAGGGAUUCCCACAAACUUUGAAGAACCUAAAAGUUUAGUGAUGGAUAUUGCAUCUGGACAACUUUGGGACUUUUCAAGUUAGAAGCUAACUGAUUAAAAUGAAUCACUCUUGAAAUUAUAAACUGGGAUACAGUUGUGCUGUUGGCAAGGGACUUUAAGGGACUCUUCAGUCUCUCAAAUUGGAAGCUACUCUGUGACUUUAAAAUGAACGGUCACAUAUCAAAUUAUAAACUGGGAUACAGUUGUUACCUUGGUAACUAGUCAACUGAUCUGGUCCCCCAGACAUGUCAUUCCAAAACAGCUUGUCAUAAUAUAACUGAUAUAAAUCCUUACUGUUAAUACAGAAUGGGGCAACAUGACAUACACAGGUAUGGAUAUUACAUAUUGCUAGUAAUCUAAUAAAAUAUAUCAUAUGAAUAGCAGAGAAAAGAGUUUGGAUUAUAUUGGACACAAAAGUGAGAUGUUUAAGACCGAGAUUCUAUGAGUUGUCUAUCUACACAAUUUCGGUCUUUUAAAGUCCCCAUGUAAAGUUUGAAAAUAUGUUUUUAUCAUUCAUUCACUAUUUAUCAUGACUUUAAAAGUCAUUUUAGAG